AUGACCGGGCCGCCGUCCUCUUCCUACCCUGGCCAGGUCCCGCCGCCAGCCGCCGUGAUUUCGCAGGAAAAUCGAAGAGAAAAGCUCGGUUUCGCCCAAAACAUCGUCGGCUUCGUUCUCCGUCGUCCGGCCGCCAUUUUUGGCGAUCAAGGAUGUCUGAUUUUCGAAUUGGAUUUCGGCCGGAUUUCGAGGGGAGAUUCCGGCCACUUCCGGCACCCACGCGCUGCCGGCGCGUGUGGCGGCGCGUGGGCUAGGAAAAUGGACCGGCUCGAGGUUCUAAAAUCAUCUCCUGGUUCUCACGAGCGAGCCCAGUGUGAGGUCGCACGCGUCUUUGGAUUAGCCGGCGUGUUGACAGACCCCAUACGUGGCCGGGCCCAGUGUGAGGUCGCACGCGUCUUUGGAUUAGCCGGCGUGUUGACAGGCCCCAUAAGAGGCCGGGUGGAAAUUUUGGGGAAUGUUCAAUUUACAGGGGAGACUCUGCCGAAAUUUUGGCAGAAAGUCUCGUGCCCUAAAUCCUCUCUGGUAAAAGAGGACAUAGUUUUAAGGAGUAAACCCGGCGUGAGUGUGAUGCCGGGGUCUCUGCAGGGUUCGUCUCGGGUUCCGGGAAAUUCGGGGCGGGUCCUGUCAUCAAUCCUCGCUGAUGGUAUCUACCCUAGGUGGACAACAUUUGUGAAAUCAAUUCCGCAUCCCCGAUCCCACAAGGAAAAUUUUGUUGCAGCCUAUCAAGAGGGGUAUAGAAAAGAUGUGGAGAGGUGCUUUGGUAUCCUUCAAGCCCGGUGGGCAAUUAUCAGGGGAGCGGCACGUCUAUUUGAUGAGGAGGUGCUUAGGAGUAUAAUGAUGACUUGUAUCAUCCUCCACAAUAUGAUUGUGGAAGAUGAGUAUGAUUACAAUGCUGCUGAAGAUGAGUAUGAACCAGAUCCAAUGAACACCGCCUUAACACGAAUUUAUGAAAAACCUAUGGGGCCAAAUGGAGAACCAGUGCAGCAUGAUCCGUUAGUUAUAGACAAUAGUUUCAUGCAUCGGAUGAUUGAGCGCUACACGGAGAUGCAAUCGUCAUAUAUUCAUGAACACCGUCAAAUGGACUUGAUGGAGCAUUUGUGGGUGGUGAAAGGCAAUGAAGGACAAUAA